AGCACCUUUCACCAUGGAUAUAGUGAAUUCUUCCCGCAGAAGGGCUCUCCGUCCUCCAGCGUCCGCAACGCGCUCGCACUCCUGGACUAAAAGCAGUCCUGGUUAUUCCUGUUCAUUCAAAAGAGCGACAAAUGUCCCCGUUUCCAGGUCGUACACCCCCGCGGUGCUCGCGUCUCCUGAGGGUUUCGAGUUGAGCGAUGCGCUGAAUGGAGGCUCAGGGCGCACUAAUGAAAAGGAGCAACUCCAAGGGCUAAACGACCGCUUUGCGAGUUACAUCGACAAAGUGCGAUUCUUAGAGGAGCAGAACAAGCAAUUGGACUCCGAAAUCCAAGCGCUGAAGCAACAGAAGGUGUCGCAGUCACUGCAGAGCGAUGCGUACGACCGAGAGCUCCAAGACCUGCGCUUCGCCCUGGAGCAACUCCACAAAGAGAGAGCGCAGAUCAUGCUGGACACCGACCACAUUGACGAGGAUCUCCAGCGACUCAGAGAGCGAUACGAAGAUGAAGCCCGGCUCAAGGAGCACAUGGAAGCCGCGAUUCGAGGCAUGAAGAAAGACAAGGACGACUCGGUUCUGAUGAAACUGGAACUGGAGAGGAAAGUCCAGGCUCUUGUGGACGAAAUGGACUUCUUGCGCCAAAACCACGAGGAGGAGAUCAGCGAGCUUUUGGCUCAGCUUCAAGCCGCGCAGGUGCCGGUGGUGGAGAUGAGGGAUCUCCAGAAGACCGACAUUACUGCGGCGCUCCGGGAGAUCCGUGCGCAGCUGGACGGGCUCUCCUCAAAGAACCUCCAGCAGGCGGAGGAGGUGUUCAAGUGCCGCUACGCCAUGCUAUCGGACGCCGCGGAACAGAACAAGGAUGCUAUGAAGUCCAUACGGGAUGAGCUCGCAGAUUACCGCCGUCAGAUUCAAGCCAAGAACUCAGAACUGGAGGCUCUUCGAGGCACCAAAGAUUCUCUGGAAAGGCAGCUGCAUGAUAUUGAGGACCGCCACAACAACGACGCUGCAAGUUAUCAGGAAAUGAUCCACCAAUUAGAAAAUGAUUUGAAGGGAACAAAGUGGGAAAUGGCUCGUCAUCUCCGGGAAUAUCAGGAUCUGCUCAAUGUUAAGAUGGCACUGGAUGCUGAAAUAGCAGCUUACAGGAAACUGCUAGAAGGUGAGGAGACGCACUUUCGCACCAUUUCUGGAAGUAUUUCCAGCGCCACCUUCGCUUACAGCCAGCCUAAAACUUCUAAAGUCAGGCAUAAAAUAGUGGAGGAAAUCAUUGAGGAGACCAAAGCAGAGAGUGACAUCAAUGAUGACCUGGCCGAAGUCGCUAGAGAGGUGGCGAAAGAAGCAGAUGAAGAGGAAGAGCGGGAGGAAGAGGAGGAGAUUGUUGCCGCUAGUCAAGCCAAAGUGAGUUCUAGCGCUCCUGAGGGUGAAGAGGAAGAGGGUGGGGAUGAGGAAGAAACAGCAGAAGAGGGAGAAGCUGUUGAGGAGGAAGAGGGCAUAGCUGAUGAGGAGGAAGAGGAAGAAGUGGAAGAGGAAACAGAGGAAGGUGAAGAGGAAAAGGAACAGGAAGUUGAAGUAAUUGAGGAGACAGAGCUAUGUGGUGACAAAUCUCCAACAUCAGAUAACAAAGAAAAAGAAAGCAGUGACAAAGACGAGGAAGGAAAAGAAGAGGAAGAGGAGAAUGAAGAAGGACAGGCAGAGGGUAAAGAACAAGCCAAAGAUGAUGAGGAAAAGGAAGAAGUUGAUGAAAAAGACAUUGUGGAAGAGGAAACAAAAUCUGAAGGAGAUGAAGAGAAGAAAGGGGACUCUGGAGAAGAAGAAAAAGCUGAAUCAGAAAAUGGGGACAAAAAAGUGAGUGAAGAGAAACAGAAACCAAAAAGCCCAGCAGAUGAGCAGGACAAGGGAAAAGAAGUUGUAACCAACAGAGAACAGACAAGCCCGGCCAAAGAGGAAGCCAGCCCAAAAGAAGAGGUUCAAACCAGCACGGUGGAGACCAUUACCAAUGGAGACAAGGAAACCAAACCAGACACAGAGAUAGAGAAAAAAGCAGAGGAAAAGCCACAGGAGAAAAAGCAAGUUACCAAAAAGGAGGAGAAAGUGUCCCCACAACCAAAGAUGGAAAUCAAAGGGAAAGACUGAUGCUUAAAAGGAAUUUAGUUCUAUCCAAUUGUUAAAAAUUAUUCUCUUUGAUGCAAAAUGUGAAAACCAACUUGAAAGCAGUUUGAUGCAGCUAGCAAAAUAAUUGCAUGUGUGUUAUACAAUUGACUUGCAUGUGUGGUCUGGGAGGACAUGCUGCCUAGCCGUGCUGAGUUUGAAUUAAAAUGCAAGUACUUUAUGCUGCUAAUGUCUUGAAUGAUAUAAAGUCUGCUAAUGAAAGAUUUUACAGUGAUUCGAAAUUCAUCAGCAGUCAUUCAGCAAUAAUGGUGCUACUACAACAUUGACAUUUGCAAGCGCACUUCAAGCAGAAACUUAAUUUAAUUCUUUAAACUAUAUGAUGUCUUUCUUGUCUACUUUUUGUCUUAAGACAUAAUGCACUGAAUCAAUGAUAAGAGUCGGUUUGUUAACAUGAUGCUGUGAACGCUAAAGGUGCUGCUCUGUCGAUCUGCAAUAUCAAUAUCACCUCAAUCAAUAAAAACUCUCCUAAG